AUGAUUGUUUUUGACUUCGAAUGGCUUUCUAUAACUGAAAUCAGUAUUGAGUUCAGGUAUCCACGAAUUCAAUAUGGUAUUACAAAAGAAUCUCUCGCUCUAACCGCUAUACCAUUAAUAUUUGUUCAAAUUCUCAUACCAUUUAUUAUUAGUCACUGGACAAUCGGUCCAAAACCAUUAAAUAUAUUGAUUUAUUCUUAUAUACCUCGACUUGUUACGGGUAUACUACUUGCUAUAUUCGUUUGUGUCACACCAUUAUUUCAAAUUUUAAAUUCAAAAUCAUUUCAUUGGUAUUAUUAUUUAAUUUUGAUUAUUCUAUUUGGUAUUAAUGAAGCAUUUUUCCAUGCUAUGACUGUUUCAAAAGUUGCGUUUUAUGCAAAAGUCAGUGAUCCAAAAAUUGGUGGUACUUAUAUGACAUUAUUAAGUACAAUAGCGAAUUUAGGAACGAAUUUAACAUCAACAUGUAUGCUCUAUUUAGCAACUUUGUUAACAUGGAAAUCGUGUACCGUACAGAAUUUGACGUGUAAUCGUUCGGAAGAUGAAAAACAAUGUACAUUACUUAAUGGUAAAUGUCAGAUUAAAAUAGAUGCAUAUUAUAUUCAGGUAGGAUUUUGUAUUGUUCUCGGUGUUCUAUGGUUCAUUUGGAAACAUCAUUCACUUAACAAACUUCAAGUUGUACCAUUACAUAAAUGGAAUAUUAAAACUGAUGAUAAUCCACCAUCAAAAGAAGAUUCAUUAGAAAAUACCACCACAGGACUUGUUGAUAACUUAACUCUGUGA